AUGAUCCGGAGUUUUAGUAGAAGAAUAUCGUUCUGGCCACAGGCAGGAAUUGAAUAUAAGAAAGGUUUGAGCCAUAAAAUAAGAGAUUUUAUUGGAAUUAUACAUAGCAGAUUAAAACCCAUAUGUAAUAUUUUGUUUCCUAAUUUUAUCGUCGUCCACUACACUUAUAUUAUUACAAUGACACUUAUUACGUCUUUUCUUUUAUAUCCAAUUCAUAAUCAAUCCUAUAUUGAUAUUUUAUUUACCAGUGCAGGAGCAGUAACACAAGGUGGAUUAAACACUAUCCCAACAAAUAAUCUUACUCUAUAUCAACAAAUUAUUAUUUACAUUAUGUGCUGUCUAGCAACACCAAUCUUCAUCCAUGGAUCGUUGGCUUUCAUUAGGUUAUAUUGGUUUGAACGAUAUUUCGAUAACAUAAAAUAUACGUCGAAGCAAGAUUUUUUAAGAAGAAGAACAAUGACUUUGCAAAGUUUAAAAACUAAACCUCAAACAAUUAUCCACAAAACCCUAUCAAGGGUGAACAGUAAUUAUCAAGAAGAAUUGUCUCCAUUAGAUGAAAUAUCAAAGAAUUCUAAUAACAAGAGUAAUAGUAAUAUUUCUAUUAGUGAUAAUAUAUUAAUUGAUUCUCGGUUCGAGAAAUGUACGAAAAAGGAUAUUGAAAUUUUUAGGCAUAGAUCUGAAAAGGAUAUACCUCUUGAAUUAAUGCUUAAAUCAAUUGGCAUACUACAGAGACAAAGAGAUAUCAAUAAUAAUAAAAUAGUAAAUAAAGAUACUUUGGAAAUAAAUGAUAGCAUCGCUAUUCUUGAUUCAUCAAUAAACGGAAAUAAAGAAAAAAGUGGUUCGCAAAUUUAUGUAGUUUUGCCACCAAAUGAACAGCAUUCACCCUCCAAUUCAAUGAUUAUAAACAAUCAUUCUAGUAAUAAUAAACUUAAUAAUAAGAAAUUUUCGAUAUUAAAGCCCGAAGUUUCAAAUUAUGUUAUGAAUAAGCCAUUCUCCAAUACAGUAAUCCAAGACCUCUAUCAGGAUUCAACUUCAUAUUCAGAUAUAUCAAGUAAGCCUAUUGCUUCGAACAAUUCAACAUUUCUAAGCAGCACUUAUGAUUCAAAUAUUGAGCCUUACGAAGUAGGUUCAUCAAGCCAAGAGUAUAAAAAAAAUACAACAAAUUAUACACAAAAUAAACCUAGUGAGCUCCGGUUUGAACUAGUUCAAUCUUCAAAAGAAAAAAAGCAAUCCUUAUCUAACGAAAGGAAAAAACAAAACAAGAGAAAUACAAGAUUGAAGAGAUUAACUAAUAUUCUAUCAAUGUCUCCUAGCUUAAGAAUGGACUAUAUAAAAAACAAAAGAUUAAAAGCUUCAAUUAGCAAUAUAGAUUCAUCUGAUCAAACAACUCUUCGACAGAGAUACAAAAUUAAUCAAUUCUCAAAUAGAAAACAUGAGAAUAAUUUUUUUGGACAUAGUAAUAUAUUUGGUCAAAAUAUAGAUAAAACAAGUGUAGACGAAAUAGAAAAUGACGAUAAUCAAAGAAUAGAUGAAGAGAUAAAUUUUCCAAGAUCGAAUACUUUGAUGAGUGCAAAUUAUGUUUCUUGGGAACCAAGCUAUGGUAGAAAUUCUGUUUUUAUUGGGCUAACUAAGGAACAAAGAAACGAAUUAGGUGGUGUAGAAUACAGAGCUAUUAAAUUACUUUGUAUUAUUCUUUUAAUUUAUUAUAUUGGUUGUCAUAUUUGUGGUGUUGUUAUGCUAAUACCUUGGAUUAGUCUAAAGAAGUAUUAUAAGAACUUAUUAGAUUUAGAACAUAUAAACCCAAUAUGGUGGGCCAUUUUCACUUCAAUGAGUUCCUUCUGUGACCUUGGAUUAGCAUUAACAAAUAAUUCUAUGAUAUCAUUCCAAAAUGCAAUAUAUGUUCUAAUCAUAUUAAUGUGGUUUAUAAUCAUAGGAAACACAGGUUUUCCAAUUUUAUUAAGAUUCAUAAUUUGGGUACUUUAUAAAAUAUCUCCUGACUUUUCCUCAUCAAGAGAGAGCUUAGGAUUUUUAUUAGAUCAUCCAAGAAGAUGUUUUACAUUAUUAUUUCCGAGUGCAGCAACAUGGUGGUUACUUUUGACUUUAGUAGCAUUGAAUUUCACUGACUGGAUAUUAUUUAUUGUACUAGAUCUAAAUUCCCCGCCAAUAAAUGAGAUACCUAAAGGUAUAGCAGUCUUGGCUGGGUUGUUUCAAGCUGUUUGUACUAGAACAGCUGGUUUUAAUGUUGUCGACAUUGCAGCACUGCAUCCGUCAAUUCAGGUUUCUUAUAUGUUAAUGAUGUACGUUUCAGUACUGCCAUUGGCUAUCUCCAUUCGAAGGACAAAUGUAUACGAAGAACAAUCAUUGGGGAUAUAUAGUAGUAUCACAGAUUUGGAAGACCUUGAUGAAACCAGUAACGGAACAAGUGAUAGCGAGGUUUCUAACACAAUAAAUACAAGUAACAAUUCGGUUGAAACCAAUAUUAAUAACGAAAGCAAAAAAGUACACAAAAGUAAAAUAGAAAAGCGAAGGCAAAAACCAUUGACAACAAGGUCAUUCAUUGGUGCACAUCUAAGAAGACAACUCUCCUUUGAUUUGUGGUAUUUAUUUCUUGGUUUAUUUAUUGUGUGUGUUUGUGAAAGUGGGAAGAUACAAAAUCCUGAUAUGCCUGCAUUGAAUGUAUUUUCUAUUCUUUUUGAAAUUGUCAGUGCAUAUGGUACAGUAGGAUUAUCAUUAGGUUACCCCGGUACCACUACAUCGUUAUCUGCUCAAUUUAAUACUAUUUCCAAAUUGGUUAUAAUUGCCAUGCUAAUUCGCGGAAGAAAUAGAGGCCUUCCAUAUUCGUUGGAUCGUGCAAUUAUCCUACCAACAGAAAAACUAAGGCAGAUUGAAAAAAUCGAAGAUAAAAAGAGUAAGCAUUACAAACAUACACUCCAUAGUUCUACUCAGACUCAUGGAGAUGCCAUGAAUAGUUAUAUCAGGAAGAAAUAUUACCAAACGAAAAGAAAUUUUCAAAAAGUUAAAAGGGCUGCUUCCAUGGCACAAACAGAUUAA